AAGAGAUUGGUCCGCGGAAGCGGUCGGUACAAUUGCACUCGCCAGCUCAGGAGCAUGACGAUGACCUUCAAGAAGCACGACGCCGCCCCCAAGCGCAAGCGCGACGAGGACGGCGCCGGCAAGGCCGCCAAGGUCGCCAACACGGCGCCGACAGCCAGCACCGCAGCGGGCGUGGCAUGGCGCGCCGAGCACUCGAUCACGAUCCGCGGCCCGACGGCCAACUAUGCGUGCCCGGACCCGAUCCUCGAGUUUGACGACACGCCGUUCACGACCGAGAUCAAGGACUGCUUCAAGCGCGCGGGCUACACGUCGCCGACGCCGACGCAGGCGCAGUCGUGGCCGAUCGCGCUCACCAAGCAGGACAUGAUCUCGGUCGCCAAGACGGGCUCGGGCAAGACCGUGGGCUUUCUCUUGCCGUCGUUCUACCACAUCUCCAAGAACACCAAGCCGACGCGCGACCCGCGCAUCCUCGUGCUGGCGCCGACGCGCGAGCUCGCGACGCAGAUCGAGGCCGAGGCCAAGAAGUUCAGCCGCGCCAAGCCGUUCGUGCGCACAGCGUGCAUUUACGGCGGUGCGCCCAAGUACAUGCAGAUCCGCCAGCUCGAGAUUGGCGUCGACUGCCUCGUCGCGACGCCCGGUCGUCUCAACGACCUUCUCACGAUGAAGAAGGUCAACCUCCGCUCGGUCGAGAUCCUCGUGCUUGACGAAGCCGAUCGCAUGCUUGACAUGGGCUUCGAACCCCAGAUCCGGUCGAUCGUGGCCGAGAUCCCGGCGCAGCGCCAGACGCUUCUCUUCAGCGCCACGUGGCCCAAGGCGAUCCAGAAGCUCGCGCGCGAGUUCCUCACCAACCCGGUCCAAGUCGAGAUGGGCGACAUCAACGUGCUCCAGGCCAACAAGGACAUUGUGCAGAACGUGAUCAUGUGCGACGAGAGCGACAAGCACAUCAAGUUUGCCGAGCUCGUAGACAAGGUCGUCAAGAUGGAGGACCCGACCAACACGGACUUGACCAAGCACGUCAAGACGAUCGUGUUCUUCCGCACCAAGCGCACGUGCGACCACUUUGCGAACGAGUACUGGGCCGACGGCUUCGCGGUCGGCGCCCUCCACGGCGACAAGGAGCAGCACGAGCGCACGCUCACGAUGAACCAGUUCAAGAUGGGCACGAUCAACCUGCUCUUUGCGACCGACGUGGCGGCGCGCGGCCUCGAUGUCAAGGACGUCGGCGUCGUCAUCAACUACGACAUGCCCAACGGCCAGAACGGCAUCGAAGACUACGUCCACCGCAUCGGUCGUACGGGCCGUGCCGGCGCCAAGGGCCAGUCCUUCUCGCUCUUCACCAAGAGCGACGCCGGCUGCGCCAAGGAGCUUGUCGAGAUUCUCACCGAAGCGCAGCAAGAAGUACCGCAAGAGCUCGUUGAGAUGAAGGGGAAGCGCAGUGGCGGCAAGGGUGGCAACUUCUUCCGUCGUGGUGGCGGUGGUGGUCGUGGUGGCCGCGGUGGCGGCCGUCGUUAUUAGAGGCCUUUCAUCAAUCUAUUAAUUUCUAAACUAACUAAAUGCAACUAACCGUUUGAGAUGUAUA